GACCGGCAAGGCUCGCAGUUGGGAAAACUGUGCUACGACUAGGCUGCGUUCCCUGCGGCGACCGUACAUUUGCGAAUAUCGAAAGGUCAUCUUAAUUUCAUCCUUCUAUCCAAUAUUUGAAGCAACGGAUCCCUCAACCAUGAAAAAGUUCGGAUCCGAAACGUACGCUACAUCUGGCUCAGCCUUGCCAAGAGCAUCAAACAUGACACAACUUGAAGUGCACAGAAUCCAAGGCAUCUACUGGAUUGACCCCAGCCCAGAUCAUGUUUUGGAAGGACAGGCCACACUCUGCCUGUAGGGACGGUAACAGACAGGACCUCCUACCCUCGAAGAUAUCAACAGCGAUCUCCUGACAAGACAGCCUUGCACGUGACGGGGUUUUGUGGCUGCCACAACUUGAAGUCUCAGAAGUCUGAGUCGCCCCAAAAGACUCACUGGUCAACCGGUAAGCCUACCCCUGAAGUCUUUAUCGCCGGAGAGACCAUGGAACACCGGCGUCGUGACCUGAGCGUGCUAUCAUGGAGGUUCCUGGACGGCAAUGAGGAACGGCAUCUUCCUUCAUGCCGCCUCGGCCCAACCAAACAACGCGCGGGCAACAACCCGCACAGAGGACCAACCCGCUAACCCCCCAGUGGCCCCCGCAGUGGAAUCGAACCCUGGGCACUGCAAAUCGGGGGUUUGUGAUUACAGUAGCAAAAAAGCACCGCACAAACAGCCGGCUCCAGAUUUUCCCCCGGGCUGCUGCCCCCACGCGGCCCCGGAGAUUUUGGGGUUUGCGAAAACAAAUCCAAUGGGAAAGUUCGCCUACCGUAACAAGCGAGUUUUUCAUAUCUCUACGACAAGUAUUGAAAGUUGUCUUGUCAGGCACGUACUCCCUUUGUCAAAUCUGGUCUCGCUUCGCCACGCAUCUUCGUGCGGGCCCUGGAAAAACAAACUACCAGGUAAGCCUAAUACAACACACGCCAUUGACGCCAAACCAAGAGCCCAAGAUGGCCGACCAAACCAGCAAUGCAAAUGGACCAAAGAUAUCCGUGGAGGAACUCAGCAAGCACAACGCACCCUCCGACGCCUGGAUAGUGAUUGACGGCACAGUCUGGGACGUGACCGAGUUCGCACCACGGCACCCUGGGGGCGUGGACGUGAUCCUCGAGUACUUGGGCCAGGACGCGACGCGGGCAUAUAACGAAGUACAUUCACCAAGCCUAGUGAGUCGAUACCUCGACAAGAGCAAAAACAAAGGACGACUAGACGAGAGCACCAUCACGGAAGCAUGGCGGAGGAAGUUGAACCAGGCUCAGGAGAUUGAGAACAAACCGUCACCGUCAACGCACGAUCAGACCGAAACUGAACAGAAACAACCACCACUAGACUCGAUCAUCAACCUCUACGACUUUGAAGAAGUGGCCAAGAAGGUGGUAUCACCCAAAUCAUGGGCCUAUUACUCCGGUGCCGCCAACGACUGUUUAUCCCUAGCGGCCAAUAUCGACUGGUACCGCAAGAUCUGGUUCCGGCCACGAGUCCUUGUUGGCGUGAAAGAAGUCGACACCACCGCCACCGUUCUAGGCGAGAAAUACUCCGUGCCGAUAUUCACAUCGCCCGCCGCAUUGGCAAAACUGUCCCAUCCAGACGGCGAACUAGCCAUGGCCAGGGGAGUCGUGUCACGCGGAACAACCAUGUGCGUAUGCAACGGGGCAUCAUAUUCCCUAGCCGAAAUCACCGAGGCCAUGCCGCCCAUUUAUCCCAAAUUCUUCCAACUGUACUUCAACAAAGACCGACGGGCCACCGAGACUUUGUUACGCGAAGUCGUCUCUCUCAAGCCGCGCGCGAUAUUGGCCACGGUGGAUUUACCUGUCGUUGGAAAACGCGAGGCUGACGAACGGAUCAAAAUUGACGCCACGUUCAAACCGUCGCGUAACGUUCAGGGAGCAUCUGUUCUGCCCAAGGACAAUAAAGGAACGGGUCUGGCGCGUGCCACGGGAUCCUGGAUUGAUCCGGACAUUACGUGGAAAGACAUCAAAUGGCUGAUUGAGUUUACGGGUAUACCUGUCUUUGUCAAGGGUAUUCAGUGCGCCGCGGAUGCGCGCAAGGCUCUCGAGGCCGGAUGUAAGGGGAUAUAUAUUUCGAAUCAUGGCGGUCGCGCCGUGGAUACCGCCCAGCCGUCGAUUUUGACAUUGUUGGAAAUUCAGGCAAAUUGUCCCGAGGUCCUGGAGAAGAUGGAGGUCUUUAUCGAUGGCGGUAUACGUCGUGGAACGGAUGUGCUGAAAGCUAUCUGUCUUGGUGCCAGUGCUGUUUGUCUUGGUCGUCCGUUUCUGUAUUCGUUGGUUUAUGGUCAGGAGGGGGUCGAGAAGGCGAUUGACAUUCUCAAAGAUGAACUCGAAACUGCAAUGCAGAUGGUCGGUAUCACCAGCCUCAGUCAAGCACAUCCGGGCCUGCUCAAUACCGCCGACAUCGACCGCUUCGUCUACCGCGGCGAUGCACAUCCGUGGGCCCGCAAAAUUGUCAGACAGGUCAAGUUAUGAGUCAAUCUGCUGCAAAAGUGUCGACACCUUGAACGUACAAGAUGGCAUGCAUGUCUGUUGGUGCCGUUAGGCGUGCCAUAGGUACUAGGAUAUACCUACCAGAGUUAUACCCGCUCUGCUUAAGUCCUGUCCCAAAUACAGCCAAGCAUGAUCAUGGAUCUCUGACAAAAUAAACUGAUGGCCCCUGUUCAACUUGCAUCCCUCUCAAAUUCUCCCAAGGCCGUCGGUCAUUCUGUGUUGCCGCAUUUCCUUAUUACCUCAUGUUCAGUUCCAUCCCAUUCCGCGUGACUCGCGACUCGACCACCACCAAAGUGUCACCACACCAGCAGUACAACUUAUCACCAUUACCACCUUGGGCCACGUCUAGCCCCGAGCAUCACUUCCCCACCGAAAUCUGAAACUCGACCUUGAUAUCGACAGUACCCUCGAUGACUUUGGGCUCGAAAUCGAUGCCAGCACCAAUCCCAAACGCAGCGUUUGCCGUAGCUUUGCGAGCCGUCUGCUUGGUAAGACCCUUUGCCCAGAUCGAGCGAUCAUCCUGAAUCUUGACGGGAUGAACAUGAACGGGGACAGCCUUUCCCGGACCAGAAUUACAAUCCUCAGCAAUGAUGGCGGCAUACUUUUUGGCGCGCCUGAUGGCAUUGCGCAACGCGGUCACGCGCACCUGUUCAUCCAUGACGGCGGCCGAGUCAUCCGUCAAAGACCAAUCGAUGCCCGACAGCUGCACAUAGGGGGUCGCCGACCACUGCACGACGACCUCGCCUAGCUUGACGAAGUCGCGGAACCGGACGUCGAUGCUCGUUUCGGCCGUAUAGAUUUUCCUUUUGCGGACUUUGCGGCGGUUAUUGUCGUUGUCGGACAUGUCAUCGUCAGAAUCAUCGUCGUCGUCGCUGUCGUCGUCACGUUUCAAUUGUUCGGUCCGGCUUGACGUGGUCAAUGAUGAGAUGGAGUAAAAGCUCACGGGUGCAUCGGGCGAGAUGUGGUCGUUGUCAAGAGCAGUAGAACCACCUCCACCAAAAUCUUCAGUACUGAAAUCAUCCCCAGCAAUAGUCGAAUGUUGUCCAACAACGGCCCAGUCAAUCCGUGGACAGAGUCGGUCUAGUUCUUCUUGAAGGGUGUUGGCGGUUUCGAUGACGUUCUUGGCCACUUUUUCCUUGUCGUACCCGGAGUCGGAAAUGUCGACGGUGAGAGAGGCCCGCUCGGCCACUUUGCAGAUUGUUGCCCGGCCAUCGAUGAUGAUGGUUGUUGCCGUACCGCUGGUAGAGGUGGUGGGAGUUGCUGCCAUGGUCUCGGUUGACUUAUCUUGCUUUUGCCCUUUGUUGUUUUUUUGUCGUGUGUUUGGCGGUUGGCUAGCGAGUGAGAGAGCCAGUAAGAGACUGAGCUGGUGGAAGAUAGAGAGACAAGCAAUGGGUUGAGGAAUCCAAGAGUUGGGCUUGAGUAGGUACGACUCGUCAACCUGGGUAAUCAGCGCCUUACUCUGUCUUGUUGACCGGGAUCAAACACGUCAAGUGAUUACCUAGCUCUGUCGAUGAUGGUGGAAACUCGGAGGUCGAGCUGAAGUACCAGCUGAACUGAGCUGGGAAGUCUAAUUAUAUAGGCCAUGUCGUCGAUUCAGGCUACCUCGCCCCCAUCCUUGGACCUGGU